AUGCCUUUUAUUGCUACAGGAACCACCGGCGUGCACCAGUUGCGGCGCUCAAGCAAGGACUUGAUGGUAGAUCUGAUGGCAACCAAGGUCCCUGUUACAAGGCCAGCCGCCCAAGCUAGCAUGGGAAAGUCUUCUACUACGGAGAAUACCUCGAAGGAGAUGGAGGCCGCGAGCGCACUCGUGUCUCUUUCCUCGGUUCAAACUACGGCCGAGGAUGUGGAGGCUGCUAAUAUCCUACUGGCCAUGUCGAGGUCUUGA